UAGUUCCUUUAGUUAUUUUGUACCAUUUAGCUUCAUAAGGAAUUGUUAGUGUUCAGUUCCUGGUAGUUGGCAAAAAAAUUGUUUUAUCCCUGAUAUCCUGUUCUGUGCCUUUGUAGUUUAGAGGAACAGUUUCCCAUUGUUGGUAUUUGCACUUGUCUCCUCCCUCUGUACCCUUGCCUCUGUUCCGUUCCUGUAUCACUUGCGCCACAAAUGCCUUUGUGACAGCUUGAAGUGUUUUGCUGAGCUUGUAUGGGCGGUCCGCUCUCUGGCAUUGCUGGCUAUUCUGGUCUCAGAAGAAAAGAGAAGAGACUUUCUGAAGAUCUGGUAGAGAGCAUAGAAGAAAUUUGGAGCAUAUUUAAAAGGUGCAGCAAAGAACAUCAGCAGAAAUCCUACCAAGAAUCCAGAUGAACUUCUUGGCUUCGUGGUAUCUUUUCAGUUGUUCGGAGACAGAGGAUGAUGAGACUAGGCCCUAAGAAGGUGAAGAGGAGUGUACUGGAUUCUUGCCUCUCUUUCCAGUUGGAAAGUCUUCAGUCUGCGAGAAGCAUUGUAAAGAGGGCUAAAGAACACAUCUUCGCCUGCUCCUGGAUACUGUUGAGUUGAGGAUCCGUCUGUUUUACCAGGACUUCAGGGAGGCAGUUUCAGCAGCAUAGAAGGAAACAAUACUUAAGGACUUCUCUACAUUAGUCAUGUGCCAAGUUAUGUUUUGAACACCGGGGCAGGUGAAGGGCAGAUUUGUCACUUGGAUCUAAGGGGACACCUAAAUUCCCUUAGCUUACAGAUGGGAUGUUUGGGAGGUUGUAAAUGCAACCUUUCAGUAUAAACAAACCUCUGAAUUUUUUUUUUUAAAGAAUUCAGAAGAUACAGGUUCCCUGCCAAAAAUAUAUAGACUUUUUUUUUUUUUUUUUUUUUUUUAGUUGUUUGGGCGAAUGUGAACAAUAAUGUCUUGGAAAAGAAAUUACUUUUCAGGAAGCCGUGGUAGUGUUCAAGGGAUGUUUGCACCCCGAAGCUCAAUGUCUAUUGCCCCCAGCAAAGGCCUCAGCAACGAGCCAGGGCAAAACAGCUGCUUUCUCAACAGCGCCCUGCAGGUUUUGUGGCACUUGGACAUCUUCCGCCGUAGCUUUAGGCAGCUUACAACUCAUAAAUGCAUGGGUGAUUCCUGCAUUUUCUGUGCUCUCAAGGGCAUCUUCAACCAGUUUCAAUGUAGUAGUGAAAAAGUGCUUCCUUCUGACACUCUCCGGAGUGCUCUGGCAAAGACUUUCCAGGAUGAGCAACGCUUCCAGCUGGGAAUUAUGGAUGAUGCUGCAGAGUGCUUUGAAAACCUCCUGAUGAGAAUUCACUUCCACAUUGCGGAUGAAACCAAAGAGGAUAUAUGUACUGCUCAACACUGCAUUUCUCAUCAGAAAUUUGCAAUGACAUUGUUUGAACAGUGUGUAUGUACUAGCUGUGGUGCCACUUCUGAUCCACUGCCUUUCAUCCAGAUGGUGCAUUAUAUCUCUACCACUUCCCUUUGUAACCAGGCUAUUUGUAUGCUGGAAAAGCGAGAGAAACCUUCACCAAGUAUGUUUGGUGAGCUGCUUCAGAAUGCCAGCACCAUGGGGGACCUGCGGAACUGUCCGAGCAACUGUGGGGAGAGGAUCCGGAUCCGCCGUGUGUUGAUGAAUGCACCACAGAUUAUCACGAUUGGGCUGGUUUGGGACUCAGACCAUUCAGACUUAGCAGAGGAUGUUAUCCACAGUCUGGGCACCUGCCUUAAGCUGGGUGAUCUGUUUUUCAGAGUGACAGAUGACCGGGCCAAACAGUCUGAACUAUACUUAGUAGGAAUGAUCUGUUACUACGGCAAACAUUAUUCUACAUUCUUUUUUCAAACAAAGAUCCGAAAAUGGAUGUAUUUUGAUGAUGCUCAUGUAAAAGAGAUUGGUCCGAAAUGGAAGGAUGUGGUAACCAAAUGCAUCAAAGGGCAUUAUCAGCCCUUGCUGCUGCUUUAUGCAGAUCCCCAAGGUACCCCAGUGUCUACCCAGGACCUGCCUCCUCAGGCUCAGUGCCUGUCAUACUCCAAGACUUGCUACGAUAGUGAAGAUUCAGGAAGGGAGCCUUCCAUCUCAAGUGACACUCGAACAGAUUCCUCAGCGGAGAGCUAUCCCUACAAACAUUCUCACCAUGAGUCUGUGGUCAGUCACUUCUCUUCCGAUUCUCAGGGGACUGUCAUCUAUAAUGUGGAGAAUGAUUCCAUGUCUCAGAGCAGUCGGGACACAGGACACCUGACUGAUAGUGAAUGUAAUCAGAAACACUCGUCAAAGAAAGGAUCCCUGAUAGAACGCAAGAGGAGCUCUGGUCGUAUUAGGAGGAAAGGUGAUGAGCCACCAGCCUCAGGAUACCACAGUGAAGGAGAAACACUGAAAGAGAAGCAGGCUCCUAGGAAUGCCUCCAAAUCCAGCAGCACCAGCAGGUUAAAGGAUUUCAAAGAGACAGUCAGCAAUAUGAUCCAUAGCCGGCCUUCCUUGGCUUCUCAGACCAAUGCAGGAUCUCCCAGUACAAGCAGGGCAGGACACCACCAGCCAGACAAGAUACCACCAAAGAACUUAACUUUAAACUCUCGGGACUGGGAAACAGAGAGUACCAGUAGUGAGGCAAAAUCCAGUUCUUCUAGCAAGUACCGCCCAACAUGGAGACCCAAAAGAGAGUCUCUGAAUAUUGACAGCAUUUUUAGUAAGGACAAAAGGAAGCAUUGUGGCUACACCCAGCUUAGGACCUUUCCUGAAGACGCAGCUAAAGAAUUUACACCAGAUGAAAUAAGCAAGCCAGCUGCUUAUGACAUUAAAGAUGGUGGACCAAGAUCUCAGCAUAAACCCUGGGGACCCGCCCGGCCAAGCUCUUAUCUCUUAGAGCAGCAUCCUCGCCUAAUCCAGCGGAUGGAAUCUGGCUAUGAGAGCAGUGAGAGGAACAGCAACAGCCCAGUCAGCUUGGAUGCAGCCCCACCUGAGAGCUUGAAUGUCUACAGGGAUCACAGUACAAAGAGACCAGUUGGGUUUGUCCCUUCUUGGCGUCAUAUCCCGAAGUCUAACAGCAGUAGCAUCCUGGAGGUAGACUCCACAGCAUCCAUGACCGGCUGGACAAAGACUCAACUUCUCUCAGAUACAGGGAUCACCUCUAAAAGUGAGCUAGAUGAACUACAGGAAGAAGUGGCCAGGCGGGCCCAGGAACAGGAACUUCGAAAGAAACGGGAAAAGGAAUUAGAGGCUGCUAAAGGAUUUAACCCCCAUCCCAGCCGAUACAUGGACUUGGAUGAACUGCAGAAUCAGGGGAGGAGUGACGGCUUUGAAAGGUCCUUGCAAGAGGCAAAUUCAAUAUUUGAAGAGUCGCUGCAUCUGGAACAAAAGGGAGACUGUGCUGCAGCUUUGGCUCUCUGUAACGAAGCUAUCUCUAAACUAAGACUUACCCUGCAUGGUGCCAGCUCUAGCACGCACAGCAGAGCCCUAGUCGAUAAGAAGUUGCAAAUCAGUAUUCGAAAAGCACGAAGCCUGCAGGAUCGCAUGCAGCAGCAGCCAUCAUCGCAGCAGCCGGUGCAGCCCUCAGCCUCUCUCCCAUCACAGGGGGGUGCCCUCCCUCAGCUGACAAGUGAACAGUCUGUCCCGCUCCAAGUAUUGUUAAGCCAGGAGGCACAGCUGGGACCCUGCAAGGAUACAGAGUUUGGGACCAGUUCUUUCUUCCACUUACCUGCUUCCUGCUGUGAGUCACACUCAUCGCUCACUCCACAGUCAACUGUUUCACAGCACAGUUCCCCUAGUAGAUCUUCUUCAAAGCUUCUGACGGCCUUUGAGGUGGACAGCAUCAAUCAUUCUGCAUUCCACAGGCAGGGUUUACUUGAAGCAGCAGGUAGAAUUGAGAUGAAUUCUCAGCAUGAAUGCCUGCCAUUGGAUGCCCUUGAUGAUAAGCUACAAGGCUGCAGGGAGAACAACAUCAGCUGCAACAGACUCCUACCGCAAGAAGGAAGGGACAUAGCUCAGGGUCAACUGUUUGAAGAAAAGAAGGAUGAUGUUGACUUAUCCAUGGGGAUGCCUUGGUCACACUCAACAGGAGAACCCACUUCUGAGAGAGUUUUACAUAGCCUAAAUAGUCCUUCAAGUUCAUCAGCUCAGCCUAGUAUUCCUCCUUGCAGAGCCAUCCACCCCAUAAUGUCUGCUGCUUCGUCACCUGGCCUUCAUGCUACUGACCCCAUGCAGAAACUUAACAAACAUCUCCAAGCCCAAAGUCUCCAAACUUCAUUGACUUCAAAAGUGGUCAGAGGCAGUGAGGAACCUUAUAGGCCAGAGUUCCCCAGUACAAAAGGAAUUGUCCGCUCACUGGCAGAGCAGUUCCAGAAGAUGCAGAGUACCUCCAUGACAGAUGUUAUAGGUUUCCAGGAUCGAAGUUUGCCAACUGGUCUAAGGAAGAACUCUUUUCCUUCUGAUGUUAUGGUUCCAUUACCCCAAGGUCCAGGAAAAGACCACUGUCACUGGGUAAAACAGACCCCUUCUUUAGAUGGGAGAGAAAGACUGUCCUGCUGGGAAGAGCCUACAGAUCAUUCUUCUCUUGCCAUGGACUCUGGGCUUUCCAAUGGUGAAACCUCUAGGAGAGGACAGCCCAGGUUGGCUGAGCCAGAUACACACCCUGGAAAGCUAUCCCAAAUGACAGAUACUAGGCCUAAGGAGCUGGGUAAUAGUGUUAAUUUGGGGACUUCUUUACCUUUGGAUUCUUGGGUAAAUGUCACAAGGUUCUGUGAUUCUCAGAUUAAACACAGGGGCCCUGGGCCAGGAGUCAAGGCCUCUUCCCAUGAUUCCCAUACAUGUGUAACCUACCCAGAGAGGAAUCACAUCCUUUUGCAUCCACACUGGAACCAAGACACAGAGCAAGAGACUUCUGAACUGGAGUCUCUCUACCAAGCCAGUCUUCAGGCCUCUCAAACUGGCUGUUCUGAAUGGAGGUCGCAGGAUGUGGCUUUACAGCCACAUAACCCAACAGGCUCUGCAGAUGGCGUGCGGAGGAGACUGCACUCAGCCCCAGGUUUUGAUCCCUCAAAGACUCCAGCAACAGAAUUGGAGCCUGUUCUUCAUGAACCAAGCACAGCGCCUGUCUCUCAGGAUUCAUCAAACGUGAGGAAAAAGACUUUGGAAACCGGGCACCAUUGCUCCAGCUCCUCUUCCCUCCCUGUCAUCCAUGACCCUCCUGUAUUUCUCCUUGAUCCUAAACUCUACCCCCCCCAACCACAGUUCCUGUCCCCAGAUGUCCUGAUGCCCAGCAUGGCAGGGGAGCCCUGUAGACCCCCAGGAACUUCGAGGAGUGUCCAACAGUUUCUGGCUAUGUGUGACAGGGAUGAAACUCCCCAAGGGGUCAAGUACACAGGAAGGACUUUGAACUACCGAAGCCUACCUCAUCGUUCCAGAACUGAUGCUUCCUGGGGACCAGGGUCAGAGACCAACCAGCAUGUUGGGGCCAGAGUCCUAACUAUGCCAGCAUGCAAGCCUCAGCUAACCUAUAUUGCCACAAUACCAGAAAGACACCAGGGCCUUCAGAUUCCUCAUGCUCAUUCCUGGGGGAAUCUUUCCCACUCACCCUCCCAUCCUUCUGUUGUUCACCCAGUGUCCCCACCAUCCAGCAAUCUUCAUGUACCCUUUAGGUCAGCUUGGAAUUCAGGUCCUGUUCUGGGGUCCCGAACACCUGGCCCUCGAAGAAUAGAUAUGCCCCCAGAUGAUGACUGGAGACAGAGCAAAUAUCCCUGCCAGUAUAGGCAUAGGGUGACAGGAGAAGAGAGAAUUAUGUUUGUUCUAUCAAAUGCCCCUGGAAGAGAGCAGAACAGAGUGAGAUUUUUACAGCACAGCAGGUGGUAAUGGUCAUCCCUAACCUUUCCUGGAGCUACACCUUUCUCUAUAAAACUGUACUAUGGCAGAGUGAUACUUUUCAUCUUGCCAGUUAUGCUAGUCUCAUCUCAACAUAGAAUUGGCCAUUUUAGCUUAGGCAUCAUAUGCCUGUAAUCCCAGCAGUUGGGAGGUAGAGACCAGAAAAUUAGCAGUUUAUGGUCAGAGAUGAGACUACGUUAAAAACAGAACAACCACAACAAAAGAAUGAUUGGUUUUCUUAAGGGUGUUUGCUUCCUCAGGAGGGAAUAUUUGAAAUUACAGCUUUAGAAGCUAGGGAUGUAGCUCAGUUGGUAGAGUGUUUUCCUAACAUGCACAAAGCCUGGGGCUAUAUCUUUAGCACUGUGUGUAAAAUUGGUCAUGGUGGUAUACAACUCUAAUCCUAGCACUUGGAGGUGAAGGCAGGAAGAUCGGAAGUUCAGGUUCAUUCUUGGCUACAUAGCAAGCUGUAGCCAGGUCCGGACUACAUAAGACCCUAUGGUGGCUUUAAAAAUAAAUAACUAAAUAACUAAAUAAAAAAGAAAGCUCAAACUUUGGCUCCUCUAGCAAAAGGAAGCAGCUGAUGCAUACGGCUUCACUUGAGCCAUUUUAAAAGUUGAGCCUCUUUUAUUAUUCUGGACACUUAACUAUUCCUUGGUGUUAAAGUCAUUUUAUUCCUGGUACUUUUAUGCCCCCAUCUCCAAUCUGAGCCCCCAUAUUUCAGUCUCCACUAUAUUCCCAACUUAACUUCUUUGUUUAUUCACCUGUUGCUGUGACCUAACUCUUUCUUCCCCUUCUAGCACUGGAGAGGGAUGUGUAUCCCUGUAGUCAGGAUUUUGACCACAUCCGUACGGGAAGCUCAACUGCCCAGGUAUUAUGAUCUGUCAGCCUUCCUUGUGACUCAGACUUUAGGCCUAGAAUGUGGAGCUGCCAAUAUAUUUGCCCUUUGGAACAGAUGGAGUUGGGCAUGCUAAAAUACCCUCCUGCCCUCAGCAGCAGAGCCAUUACUGCCAUGUGCUUAGUCACCGUUGUAAACGCUCAGAGUUGGCUAAUCUAUUUUAGGGCAAAGCAUACUGUUUUUGUAAAGUAUUUUUCAUUAAUAAAUCUAUAAGAUAGUUCUAUUUAA